AUGACGACUAGCCACGGGCAGUGGACGCUGGGCUGGCGCGGCUGCGGCCGGGGGCAGCCGGGGGCUCUGGCCAGGGCCCUGCAGCUGCCCGGCCUCGUGGCCUUCGAGCGGCGCCGCAACUGCCCCGGGGCGGGCUGCAACGGGGAACUGCCCCUGGGGGGGCAGCGGGAGCCGCCCCUGCCCGCCAACACCACCGACCCCUCCCCCAACGGCCUGCGCUGCUAUGGCUGCCCCGAGAGCGGGCCCUGCCCCCCGACCGCCAUCGUCCACUGCUACGGCGACCUCCGCGCCUGUUUCCACGGCAACAUCACCCUGCGCGCAGGUAACCGCACCUUUUGGCGGGAGCUGCGGGGCUGCGUCCCCGAUGGCGGCUGCGCCCCCGAGCGGCGCGGCGACGACGCGGCGUCGCUCAGCGGGUCCUGUUGCCGCGGCGACCUCUGCAACGACAAGAUGGCCGACAGAAGCUUGUUCUCGCCCGAUUUGCCCCGGCUGGAGCUGCUGCCGCACGGCCACGCCCCCACGGCCGCGCCCGAUAACGCCACGGCGGAGGGUGGCGGGCAAAAUGGCACCCGCGGCAAGAUGGCCGCCGGUGGUGGGGCCAAUAUGGCCGCCGGCGACCACGCGGGUGCUGGUGAUGCCGGAACGGCCGCGCCCGAGCGUGACGUGGCCACCAGUGGCAAGAGGGCUGCGGGUGGCAAGAUGGCUGCCGGGGGCAAGAUGGCUGAUGGGGGCAAGAUGGCUGAUGGGGACAAGAUGGCUGACGGGGACAAGAUGGCUGCCGGUGGCAAGAUGGUCACCAGCGGCAAGAUGGCUGACGGGGACAAGAUGGCCGCCGGUGGCAAGAUGGUCACCAGGGGCAAGAUGGCUGACGGAGACAAGAUGGCGGACAGAGACAAGAUGGCUGACGGGGACAAAAUGGCUGAUGGUGACAAAAUGGCUGACGGGGGCAAGAUGGCUGACGGGGACAAGAUGGCUGACGGGGACAAGAUGGCUGCUGGUGACAAGAUGGCUGACGGAGACAAGAUGGCUGCCGGUCACGUGGCUCCCAGGCGGCCAAUGGGGCGCAAGGACGGGAUCAAGGGCCCGGUGGGGCGGGGCCAAUCGCUGGGCGGGCCCGGGUGGCUCCUCCCCUUCCUGCUGCUGCCCCUCCUCCGCUGAGGGCGGGGCUUGUUUCGCAAUAAAUGGGUGUGGCUUAAG